AUGGCUAUGUUUGUAUGCAUAGAUAUUCUUCAUCAGCUAGGCCUUGGAGGCAAAGAUGUAAGACAUUCAUCAUCAGUGACUGCUGUACCGUCAUCACCUACACCAUUACCUCAGGGGUUCCAUUUAACAGAAUCAGGUGUCAUUUUAACAAAUGAUGCUUACAUUGAGUCACCUCUCUUGAAAAUUUUACCAGUCAACUUAGAACAGCCAUUUACAAUAUUAAUUGGGUUGCAGUCACAUAGAGUAAACAAUGCAUUUCUCUUCAGCAUUAGAAAUAAAAAUAGACUGCAAUUAGGAGUGCAAUUAUUACCUAAAAAAUUAGUAGUAUACCUUGGAGGAAAGCAGUCUGUAUUUUUCAGCUACAGUUUUCACAAUGAGCGAUGGCACUCAUUUGCUAUUACUAUUAGAAACCAAGUUGUCUCAAUGUUUGUUGAGUGUGGCAAGAAAUAUUUUAGCAGAGAGACUCUUUUGGAAGUUCAGACUUUUGAUUCUAACAGUGUGUUUACCUUAGGAAGUAUGAAUAAUAAUUCUGUACAUUUUGAAGGAAUAGUCUGUCAGUUGGAUAUUAUUCCUUCUGCAGAAGCAUCUGCAGAUUAUUGCAAAUAUGUGAAGCAGCGUUGUCGCCCUGAGAUAAGCCUUCUUCAUACAACCAUCGUACCAGCUGAGAUACUGGAAAACUCUCCUUUGCCCAAACAAUUUGGUGAAAAAUUGCUGUCAGAGGACACAUUUACCAAAGGCAAAAGCAUCCCAAAUAUCAUAAAUAACGAUUCUGCCACAGUCCGUAAACAACAAGGACACCAGAUAUCAAAAUCUCAGUCAACCUCUCUUCAUUCAAGCAAUGUCUCUGCUGUGGAUCUUGUAAACCAUGGAAUUCAGGCCAAAGAAAUGAUCACUGAGGAACAUACUCAGACAAAUUUAAGCCUGUCAGUGACCCAUCAUCUCAAUAAGGCGAGAACAAAUAGCAAGGAGAAAUUUAGUUCUCUCCCAAAUGUGUCUGACAAUAUCACACAGCAUAAUGAUAGAGUAACUGGUUUGUCACCAUUUAAGAAGAUAUCAUCUGUUCUUCCACAUAUGAAACAAGAAAGAAUUACUAAUCUCAAGAAGGCUAUCACAGCAAAUCUACACACUAAUGAACUCAUGGAACUACACCAGAUUUUAAACACAACCUUAUACAGAGUGACAGAUGAGCCGACUGUGGACAAUCACCUUGACCUGAGGACAGAAGGUGAAUUUGAUCCUGACGCUACCUACCCCAUCGAAAGUACCUAUGAGACUGAACUUUAUGAUUAUUAUUAUUAUUAUGAGGAUCUUAAUACAAUGCUCGAAAUGGAGACUCUAAGAGGGCCAAAAGGGGACACUGGACCUCCCGGUCCACCAGGUCUAGCAGGUAUUCCAGGUCCAUCAGGAAAGAGAGGUCCACGGGGCAUACCAGGGCCACAUGGAAAUCCUGGGUUACCUGGAUUGCCAGGUCCAAAGGGCACCAAAGGAGAUCCAGGAUUUUCCCCUGGUCAAGCUGUUCCUGGAGAAAAGGGCAAUCAAGGCCUUUCUGGAUUAAUGGGGCCCCCUGGUAUGCAAGGUAGUAAGGGACUCAAAGGCUAUCCAGGGCUCCCAGGACUCCAAGGUGAACCAGGAAUUCUAGGAUUCACUGGUAAUAUUGGUUCACGUGGUUACCCUGGCAGGCAGGGUUUAGCUGGACCAGAAGGUAAUCCAGGUCCUAAAGGUGUACGAGGUUUUAUUGGCUCUCCUGGAGAAGUGGGACAACUGGGACCUGAAGGAGAAAGAGGUGUUCCUGGGAUCCGGGGAAAGAGGGGUCUUAAGGGAAGACAGGGUUUUCCGGGUGACUUUGGAGACAGAGGCCCUGCUGGCCCUGAUGGCAGUCCUGGACUUGUAGGUAGCAUUGGUCCUCCAGGAUUUCCUGGGCUUAGAGGCAGUAUUGGCCCUAUUGGACCAUUUGGACCUUCUGGAACUCCUGGCCCGAUGGGUCUUUCCGGGAAUAAGGGCCUACCUGGAAUCAAAGGUGAUAAGGGUGAACAAGGCAUUACAGGAGAGCCAGGAGAACUAGGGUAUCCUGGAGACAAGGGUGCUGUUGGUGUUCCAGGACCACCAGGGAUCAGAGGAAAGCCAGGACCUUCAGGCCAGAUAGGUGACCCGGGACCCCAAGGACCAUGUGGCCCUCCAGGACCAGAGGGUUUUCCAGGAGAUAUUGGGAUUCCUGGACAAAAUGGCCCUGAAGGAUCAAAGGGACUCCUUGGAAAUAGGGGGCCUCCUGGACCACCUGGUCUCAAAGGACUUCAGGGAGAAGAAGGACCAGUUGGACCCUUUGGAGAACUGGGGCCAAGAGGAAAACCAGGUCAAAAGGGUUUUGCAGGUGAACCAGGACCAGAAGGCUUAAAGGGCGAAGUAGGAGAUCAAGGAAACAUUGGAAAGAUUGGUGAAACAGGACCUGCUGGUUUACCUGGAGAAGUUGGGACUACUGGAAGCAUUGGUGAAAAGGGAGAACGUGGAAGUCCAGGUCCACUAGGUCCCCAGGGGGAAAAGGGUGUUAUGGGAUAUCCAGGUCCUCCUGGGGAUCCAGGACCCAUUGGUCCACUGGGAUUACCUGGUCAUGUGGGGGCAAGAGGACCACCUGGGAGUCAAGGUCCUAAAGGACAAAGAGGACCAAGAGGACCAGAUGGUCUCUUAGGGGAACAAGGUAUACAAGGUGCCAAGGGUGAAAAAGGAGAUCAAGGAAAAAGAGGGCCUUAUGGUCUUAUUGGUAAGACUGGAAACCCCGGAGAGAGAGGAGUUCAAGGGAAACCAGGUUUACAAGGACCCCCUGGGAAUACAGGAGACAGAGGACUUGAAGGAGAACCAGGACCACGAGGAUUGCAAGGUGAUCUGGGCCCCCCUGGAGAAAUGGGUGCUGAGGGACCUUCAGGUAUUGAGGGAGACUCUGGUCUGCAAGGUGAACCAGGUGCAAAGGGAAAUGUUGGACCUGCAGGCAAUUUUGGAGUUGCUGGAGAACCAGGGUUAAGGGGUGAACCAGGAGCUCCUGGAGAAGAAGGUCUCCAAGGAAAAGAUGGAUUAAAGGGGAACCCUGGAGGAAGGGGUCUUCCCGGAGAGGAUGGAGAAAAAGGAGAGACAGGCUUACCAGGGGCUUCAGGGCCCUUGGGUAGACCAGGUCUAAUGGGCCCUCCGGGAACUGAAGGAAUUGUGGGAAUUCCAGGACAAAGAGGUCGUCCAGGGAAAAAGGGUGAUAAAGGACAAACAGGGCACACAGGAGAAAUUGGAAGCAGAGGUGCUCCUGGACAAAUUGGGGAAAGUGGUCCUAAGGGUGCCAGAGGAACUAGAGGUGCUGUGGGACACUUAGGAUUGAUGGGUCCUCAUGGAGAACCAGGAAUCCCAGGAUAUAGGGGCCAUCAGGGUCAACCAGGACUUUCUGGGUUGCCAGGACCUAAAGGAGAAAAGGGUUAUCCAGGAGAAGAUAGCACAGUACUAGGACCACCUGGGCCUCGAGGUGAACCAGGUCCAGUUGGGGAACAAGGAGAGAGAGGAGAGCCUGGAGCAGAGGGCUAUAAGGGUCAUGUGGGUUUACCAGGACCAAGAGGUGCUGCUGGACAACAAGGGCCCCCAGGUGAGCCAGGUGACCAGGGUGAUGGAGGACUAAAAGGAGAGAGAGGAUCUGAAGGCCCUAGGGGGAAAAAAGGAGCUCCUGGUCCUUCUGGGAAACCUGGGAUUCCUGGUCUUCCUGGCCUACCUGGGCCAAAAGGCAUGCAAGGAUACCAGGGAGCUGAUGGCAUUUCAGGAAACUCUGGAAAAGUUGGGCUACCAGGAAAACAGGGACUGCCUGGCACCAGAGGCAGCCCAGGAAGAACGGGACUGGCGGGGUCUCCAGGUCCUCGAGGAGCCAAGGGCUCAUCAGGCCUUCCAGGAAGCCCAGGGGUUCCAGGCCCAAAGGGUGAACAAGGACUACCUGGUCAACCUGGCAUUCAAGGUAAAAGAGGUCACCGAGGAGCACAAGGUGAUCAAGGACCAUGUGGAGAGCCUGGUCUGAAAGGGCAGCCUGGAGAACAUGGUGUUCAAGGUUUGACAGGUUUCCAAGGAUUCCCAGGCCCCAGAGGUCCUGAGGGAGAUGUUGGCAUUGUUGGAAUAUCAGGUCCUAAAGGUCCUAUUGGGCAGAGAGGAAACACUGGCCCCUUUGGCAAAGAAGGUAUAAUAGGCCCAACAGGUAGAACUGGACCCAUAGGUGAAAAAGGCGUUAGAGGUGAAACUGGUCCCCAAGGGCCAAGAGGUCAACCAGGGCCUCCAGGUCCACCUGGAGCACCAGGCCCAAGGAAACAAAUGGAUAUCAAUGCUGCUAUUCAAGCCUUGAUUGAAUCACAUACUGCCCUACAGAUGGAGAGCUACCAGAAUACCGAAGUGACUUUAAUUGACUACAGUGCAGAGAUAUUCAAAACCCUGAACUACCUUAGCAAUUUACUGCACAGCAUCAAGAAUCCUCUUGGCACACGAGAUAACCCAGCACGAAUCUGUAAAGAUUUGCUUAACUGUGAACACAAAGUAUCAGAUGGAAAAUACUGGAUUGAUCCAAAUCUCGGAUGCCCUUCAGAUGCCAUUGAGGUUUUCUGUAAUUUCAGUGCUGGUGGUCAGACAUGUGUAUCUCCUGUUUCUGUAACAAAGUUGGAGUUUGGAGUUGGAAAAGUCCAGAUGAACUUCCUUCACUUACUGAGCUCAGAAGCCACCCAUAUUAUCACCAUUCACUGUCUAAACACACCUGCGUGGACAAGUGCUCAGUCAAAUGGCUCAGGAUUGCCUAUUGGCUUCAAGGGAUGGAAUGGCCAGAUUUUUGAAGAAAACACUCUACUUGAACCUAAAGUGCUUUCAGAUGACUGCAAGAUUCAAGAUGGCAGGUGGCAUAAGGCAAAAUUCCUUUUUCACACCCAGGACCCUAAUCAGCUUCCAGUAACUGAAGUACAAAAACUUCCUCAUCUCAAAACCCAGAGGAAGUACUACAUGGAAAGCAGUUCCGUAUGCUUUCUCUAAGGUUUCUGAAUUAGUUCAGAAUUCGUGCUGUUGGCCAGGUAAU